UCUAUUUGUCAGCCUCUUUGACUUUGUAAAAACAAUUUAUUGCAUGCAGUUCCCAAAGAGAUAUCACUCUCAAAAGAUAUUGUAUUAUACUACCAAGCUGUCUUGUACUACGCUGCGGAAACAAAAUAAAUUAGUUUGAGUAAAAAAAUGAUUCCGGGAAGUUUUCCAAUGUCGCACAACACUGAUUGAUGACAACACUAAAGACUGACAGUUAAAAUGUACUUUUUAACGCGCAUUCAACCAGUAAACUGCGCAGAGAGCAGGCGCAAACGCAUACGAUGCAUUUUAAUUUAUUGGCAUUUACAUUGUGGCUACUUGCACUAGCAUACACAGCAAACCCAAUCAAGAUCCUCGGGAUUUUCCCGUACGAUAGAAAGAGCCACUUCAUUGUCUUCAAAGUUCUGCUUCAAGAACUAGCGCGAAGAGGACAUGACGUUACUAUCAUAUCACACUUUCCAGAAGAAAACCCACCGAAGAAUUACCACGAUAUCAGCCUAUUCAUACCAAAAGAAAGCAAAAGUAGACGAAGAAGAUCUGCAUCUACAUUGGAAAGAUCAUAUCUGAACGUUAUCAAAGGUGGAAUAUACUUGACAAGAGGUGGUAAUGAGAACUGUAAAGUGCUGGUCGCUAACGAGGAAGUGCAGGGUCUUAUUAACAGAACGGAAUAUUACGAUGUUGCGUUAAUUGAACAAUUUAAUAGUGACUGUGCAUUGGGACUGGCGUACAAAUUCGAUGUACCAGUAGUUGGAGUGACCACGCAUGUGUUGAUGCCAUGGCAUUAUAAAAGGUUUGGGGUCCCUUACAAUCCCUCUUAUACAUCUUUCCGCUUUCUAGAAGGCGGAACGAAGCCAACUCUAUAUCAAAGAGUUGAACGUGCAGUGUUUGAUGUGUAUUUCAAAAUGUUAUAUUAUUACAUAGCUCAAAGAGCAGAUGAAAGGACGUUAGCAGAAUACUAUGAUGAUAUACCACCGUUGGAAAAUUUAGCUCGUGAUAUAAAGUUUUUGCUGUUGGACCAACACUUUGUUUUGACGGGAUCGAGUCUCUAUCCGCCGAAUGUGAUAGAAAUCGGCGGCUUUCACGUCUCGAAACCCAACAGAUUGUCUGGAGACCUAAAAAACUUUGUGGAAGAAGCCGAACAUGGCGUGAUAUACAUAAGUUUCGGAACAACCGUGAGACUUUCCUUGAUGACCCUACAAAAACUAGAAGCCAUUUUGGAUGCUAUUGAAAUAUUGCCUCAACGAUUCAUUUGGAGAUGGAGCAAGGAAGCAUCACUGACGAUGGAACCGUUCAACCAGCUAGGCCCAAAACAUCUAGCAUUGUUAGCAGAUAGAAAUAAAACUUUUAUCAGAAAUUGGCUACCGCAAGUGGAUAUUUUGAGUCAUCCGAAAGUCCUAGCGUUUUUCUCUCACGCUGGUAUGGGUGGUACGACUGAAGCCAUACAUUUUGGAGUACCCGUUGUGGCAAUGCCAAUAGCUGGAGAUCAGCCAGCAAACGCGGCAGCCAUCGAAGAAAGUGGAUUCGGAGUACAACAACCAGUCAAUGAACUGACUAAAGAGAGCUUGAUUAGUAAUUUUAGAAAAGUUUUGGAGCCUGAAUUCCGUGAAAAAGUGAAGCUACGCUCAAAGGCUUGGCAUGACCGUCCACUCUCUCCCAUGGACGCAGCGGUUUACUGGAUCGAGUAUGCAGCUCGUAAUCGGAACUUUACCUUCAGAACGCCUGCUGCUGAUGUUCCACUGUACCAGUACAUCAAUCUGGACAUCGCUCUAGUAUUGGCAGCAUUUCUCACUGGAGUGACUUUGCUGAUUAUAGCGUUAAGGUUAUCCAUGAAAUCAAUGACUAAGAAACCGCUCAGUGAUAAGAAAAGAAUUCGCACAAUGCGCUAUCAUUUUUUGACAACACUAUGCCUACUCGCAUACACCACUAACGCAAUCAAAAUCCUCGGCAUAUUUCCUUAUGAUGGUAAAAGCCACUUUAUCGUAAUCAAAGUCCUGUUGGAAGAACUAGCCAGGAGAGGACACGAUGUUACCGUCAUAUCCCACUUUCCAGACGACAACCCACCAAAGAACUAUCACGAUGUAAGCCUCUUCAUACCAAAAAAAAACAAUGACUCUGUAGAAGAUGCUGUGAAAAUUGAAAGGUCAUACUUUGGCGUAUUUGAAGUCGGAGUGUACUUAGCGCUAAGCGGCAAAAACGAUUGUGAAGUGAUGUUAGCAAAUAAGGAUGUACAAAAACUUGUCAACAGGAAAGAUAAAUACGAUUUGGUGCUAACUGAACAGUUUAAUAGUGAUUGUUCAUUAGGAAUAGCGUACAAGUUAGGAGCUCCCGUGGUUGGAAUAACCACGCAUGUCUUGAUGCCAUGGCAUUACAAAAGAUUGGGAAUCCCAAACAAUCCUUCGUACGUUUCCUUCCAUUUUCUGGAAGGGGGAACGAAACCAACUUUAUUCCAAAGGGUGGAAAGAGUGUUUUUCGACGCAUAUUUUAAGACUCUAUACUAUCUCAUAAGUCAGAGAUCAAAUCAGAAUGAAUUAGCUAAAUACUAUGACGACAUACCGCCGCUGGAAGACUUGGCUGGGCAGAUAAAGUUUUUGCUGCUAAACCAUCAUUAUAUUCUGACUGGGUCGACCUUGUACCCCGCUAAUGUGGUCGAAAUUGGUGGAUUUCAUGUCGGCAAACCGAAUCCUUUGUCUGGGGAAUUAAAAAAUUUCGUGGAACAAGCGGAACAUGGCGUGAUAUUCCUAAGUUUCGGCACAACAGUGAGCCUUUCUCUUACAUCCGUAGAAAAGAUUCAGGCCAUAUUAGACACUAUUGAAGAGUUGCCCCAAAGAUUCAUAUGGAGAUGGGAUAAGAAGACGACCCUAGACAAAAAACCUUUUAACCAGCUAAGCAAAAAACAUUUGGACUUAUUGGCAAAUAAAAAGAAAAUUUACAUUGGGAAUUGGUUACCUCAAGUUGAUAUUUUGGGGCAUCCAAAAGUAUUAGCAUUUAUCUCCCAUGGUGGCAUGGGUGGUACAACCGAGGCAAUCCACUUUGCAGUGCCGAUAGUGGCCAUGCCCAUAACUGGUGACCAGCCAGCAAAUGCUGCGGCAAUCGAGGAGAGCGGCUUCGGAGUCCACCAACCAAUCAACAGCCUGACUAAAGAGAAUCUAGUUGCCAGUCUCAGAAAAGUCCUGAACCCUAAAUUCCGUGAACAAGUGAAGCUGCGUUCCAAAGCGUGGCAUGACCGUCCAGUGUCUCCUAUGAACUCAGCGGUGUACUGGAUCGAGUACGCAGCUCGCAAUGGAAACUAUACCUUUAGGACGCCUGCAGCCACCGUCCCACUAUACCAGUACCUUUAUCUGGACACCAUGGCGGUGUAUGCAGUAUUCUUCACUGCAGUCUUUUUGUUAUUUAAAGCUUUCUGUUGUACUUCAUCCCGUAAGGAGACUAAGAAACCAAUGAAUAACAAGAAGAAAAAACAAAAUUAAUAAUUCAGCAUUAAAUUUUUAUAUGAAAUUGAUGGUAU